CGGUAUUGGCUACAUAUGCUCUUAGAACCGGUGAUCUUUUCUAGGAACCUUUCUUCCUUAGGUAGCGUUAAGAGCGCGACCCACCUAUCACAAGGAUCUCCUGAAGAAGAAGCACGCACCUCAAUAUAAUCAACAUCAACAUCUGACUCUCACUCGCAUGUCCAAGCUCGGGGCUUUCCCGACCGUAAGUAGUACAAAAUAGCGUUGGCAAUGAGGAGAUCAUCGUCCUGUGCCACCCUGAUCCAUCAUGUUCGUAAGUGUCCAUGCUCUCGUUUUCACUCUCUUGAGCCUGCUACUCAUCCAUGUCGCUGGAAUACCUGCACCCGCGACGGAUGCCACUGCUGAUCUCGGAGGACUAUCCAUCGGCGAUAUCAUCAAUGCACUAGGCAUCGGACUGGUACAGAACAUCUCUGCUAUAAUCACCCUCGAAUCUCUCACCACUAACCUCAUUGAGAUCGACUUCACCGUAAAAAACCCUUUGAUCAUUGAGUUAACCCUCGAUAGGGUGUCAAGUCUUGCUGGAAUCAAUAACACGGUCUACGCCAGUUUUGACCACACGUUCGAUCCCCCUGUAGUUGUUCGCCCUCUCGGCACAGCAGAUUCGGGCACCAUCGACAAUGUACUCUUGGUGCAAGGAGCUAUCAACUCUCUGAACAUAAUUCCGCUUGGGGAGCUUGAUCUCCUGGAUGUUAAUGUUAGUGUUCGUGCCGCCUCGAUUGAUGGCUUCGGAGGUAUACCCAUUCCCAUCGAUGGACUGAAGCAAAGCGAUGUUCCUACUACUUACAAUUUGGACUUGGACUAAUUGAGGAAAUAAAAAUAUGCCACAUGGGGAGACUCAGAUGCAUCCUGCAUCAUACUGUCUUGAAAUUUGUGUCUUAUGUAGUAGUACAAUGAGAUGAUGGUUUACCAACAUACACCAGGUUAGAGAUAUCAUAAACAGUGUUUCGCAUACGAAGAUGGAGACCAUCAAUGUUUUAUGCCGCCGUGCCACAAAUCUACAUGGUCAAAACAUUGAUGGUUUUCAAUUUUUGUCCUCUGCCUCUCUUCGAUAUCCAGAACAAGAUCAGCAACGCCAGCCCAAA